AUGGAGAAGAUUAACAUAAAGCUAAUAAAUGAUAUUAUUUAUUUUCAGUGUAUAAUUCUGGCAUGGUUGGCCGCAUCUCUGGCGGAAGACCGGCCGCGUCGCCACCUCCACCAGAUUAAGGACCUGAUCAUCAACAAACUGUUCAGCUGCAACGAGCCUAACUGCACCCAGCCCGAAGCCCCUGACGUCAAGUUCUACAGCAUCCCUGGCUUCAACGACGUCGUCAUCAAAGCUGUCCCCAAGGGAACCCUCGAACCAGCUAUCUACGAGAAAAUACCGCCAAAUUCACAUAUAGGCAUCGUUGGAUCCUAUCUCGGCACCAGCACCUUAAACGAAACUUACAACGCGCUCUUAGGAGUCAAGAAUCUAUUAACAUCUGGAAUUCUGAGCGGAAAAGCAGAAGUACUAAAAGAAGUAGGUCUACUACCCUCCAAGGCUCAGGUCAUUGUAAAACCAAUUAAGCCAUGCGCAGCGCCUGCUGUCACUCUCCCUUUUCAACCUGUUCCAGUUCUGGUACAGCCCCCAAAGGUCCCAGUAUUUCCAACCCAAUAUUCGUACAAGCAGGUAAACCAAGACGGAUCACUGACGACUCACACCAGCUCCCUGGAGUUAGGGAACGGCGUGAGAGUGACAGAGAGUGGUAAGACACUACCGUUCAUCAUUGAUAGAGUUAGAAAAAUUCCUGUGCAUUUGCCAGUUCCAGUACUGCCGGAAGUAUCGAAAAUUUUCGUCACAGAAGUCGCACAACCCGUUACAUACGCUUAUCAGCAAAUACAAGAUGGUAAAAUGACAUCUUACAUGGGAUUGUCUCCAACAUUUAGGAAACCAGGAGCAGUAGUGGUCACUGAAACAGGAAUCCCUCCAUCCCCUAUGUUUCUAAUGGACCGAAUCGAGAAAGUAGCUGCAAUCGCAUCUCAUCCUAGAGGGCCCUAUCUAGAAGUUGCCCCAACACCAGUCGCUAUUAAUGCCGCAGUGGUAAGGCCUGUGCCACCAGUACCUACAGGAUAUUCUUAUUUACAAAUGGACGUCAAUGGUGGAAUGACUACGCAUUUAGCAUCUGGAGCAAAUGGCGCGGUGAUAGUCACGGAUAAUGGAAUACCUACCACCCCAAUGAACGUUCCCGGUUUACCGGAGAACAAUCCGUUUAGACAUCCAACUGGUCAUGGAGCAUAUUCUUUUAGCCACGCAUAUGCCGACGGCAGAAUAAGCAUUGAUGGAGGUGUUCCAGUUGAACCGGUUAAUGUAGUUGAAUAUAAUCCUAUGCCUGUUUCUGUUUCACCAGGUGUACCGCCUCCUUCCAGUUCAUUUUCAUACAAACAAAUUGGAGCCGGAAAAAUGACUACUUACACUGGAUCGAGUAUGUUUGAAGAACAAGGUUCGAGUCCUGCAAUAGUUGUGCAUGGGAUGCCCCACCCGAUCCCCCCACCGUAUAUUACCGACAGAAUAGAGAAAGUGGCCGCAGGGGCCAAAUAUAACAGACCACCUCUCCUUGCAGUUCCAGUUCCGACAGAAUUUCUGAGCGUUCCACCAAUUCAGCCAGUGAAUGUACCGAUAGCAUCAGGAGUGAAUUCCUUUAACUACCGACAUAUUAACAGCGACGGUUCCGUGACAAGCUACGGUGGAUCUAGUUUAACCACUGAACAAGGUAAACCACUUCCUCCUCCUGCUAACAUGGAAACGCCAUUCCCACAAGGCAAAGUUCGUGUAUUUGAAUCUCCGAUAUACAGUGGUCCUUUCCCCAUGAACCCGGUAAAUCCUAAUGCUGUUAAGCCCUCAACGCCUGUUUCUGCUUCAUAUUCAUACAAGUUGGUGAACAGCGUGCAGGGAGGCCAUCCUCCAGUUGGACCUGUUGAUGAACCGGUUGUGGACACAUUCGCUCCUCCACCGCCAUUGAGCCCAGCCCCUGCCCCGGUACAAGGGUGCAUUGAUGAAGAUAGUGCUCAUUCCGCAGUACAUAUUGACAGUCCUUUUGCCGUAAUUGAUCCACUAGCGCCCGUGCCACUGACUUAUUCAUACAAACAGAUCAGCCAUACCAAUCCUAAUCCAUUCACGGUUGUGAAUGUCGAAGACCCCGUAAGAGAUGUAAAAAAAGUCAACUCGAUGCUUCAACCUAAUCAAGGUUUGCCAACUCUGGCAACGCUGGUUCCACCUGCUUCUAUCAACGUGGUAGAACACAAGCCAAUUAAAUCAAUGCCAGCACCAUUUGUGCCAGCCCCAAUUAUACCCAUAUCAGCACCUCAAGCAGCAAUGGAAGCAUCGCCGCCUUCAUCUUUUUCUUACAAGCAAGUUGCAAGUCAAGAACAUCAGCCUCAUUCACCUUCAGCGCCAACCCUCAACUCUAUGGAGCACAGCCAUACUGGGCCAUCAGCUCUACCUCCAAUUAUCAACUCGCGAACGCCACAAAUUCAUAAGAACACCGUACCUUCUUCCUUCUCUUACAAGCAAGUUACAAGCCAAGAGAAUCAGCUUCUUACGCCCAGUCAGCCAAUCGUUAACUUCAUGGAGCAUAAACAUACUGGACCAUCAGCUCCGAUGGUCAACUCGCGAACGCCAGAAGUUCAAAAGGACAAAGCCUCUUCUUCCUUCUCAUACAAGCAAGUAACAAGCGACGGCGUAUAUCAAUACUCUGAUGAACUUCCAAACGGCGUUAAGACUAAUCUGUCUCCAAGCGCAAUAAAUCCUCAAGAGAACCCUGGGGAUGUCCAUAUCAAACAGAACCCGUCAAGUCCUAUGCCUUCCCCAACAAACGUGAUGCCAAGCCCUACAAUCGCUAUGCCAAAUCCCACAAUUCCAAUGCCAUAUCCUUCUGGACCGACUUUCAACAGCCAGGACACCUUAGCCAACAGCCCAAUUAUAGUACCAGAGGCCACUCCCGCUUCAACGUUCUCGUUUAAGUCUAGCAAUCCUGACGGGUCGACCAUAACGCUUAAGGAUGAUGGACAUAACAGCAUAGCUGUGCAACUACAGGAAGCAACGAAGACUGAAGCAGUGAGUCAAGAGCCAACAACGACAGGAAAAGAGAACUAUCCACCUGGAACGCAAGUAUUGCAAGAAGCUACGCCUGCACCUGCAGUAGAGGCAGGACCUGUGUCUGGCAACGCCAAACCGAUUCGGCGACGCGUUGUCAGGAAAAAGAAACCCGUUGUCCAUAGAGGAGACAUUCCUGAGGGCGAGUGA